AGCAGCAGCAGCAGCAGCAGCAGCAGCAGCAGCAGCAGCAGCAGCAGAAGUAAGCAUACCAAGUAAUGUACCAGCAGCAGCAGAAGUCGAAGUAAACGAAGCCACACACACCGACCAUCCGACCAACCCUUCGCUUCCUCUUCCCUAAGUUCGCUCUCCUCCACACCCCAUCGUUCUUAACUCUCUGCCCGCCGUCCUCGUCCCGCCGUCACCUUGCAAAGUCUCACUUCAUUGCGUGCUCCAUAAACAUCCAUCUUGCUCCCAUCCACGCGACCCAGUCUUCCGUUGUCGCAUAUUGCCAAGGAUUUUUUUUAGCAGCAUCAAGUAUCGCGCAGGGUUAAAUCCAUUGAGCUCGGCUUGUUCCCUGCGCAUGUACUCGCCCAUUGCUCACGCACGCAAACCAGACACACCGCAUUUAACCAGCACUUUUAUCUUACGCUGCCGCACACAACACGCUCUCGAUCGACCGCCAUCCUGCCGUACUGGUUGUCUCUCUGCUCUGCACCUCCUUGACACCCAAGCACCACACGGCUCCGUCCUGCUCCAGUGAGCGACCUCCAAACAAUAGCGACCGGCCAGACCGGUAUUCGCACGCAAUCAUGGCCUCUCUCUCAGACCCGACCCAGCAAGACCGCCGACCCUCCCCCAUCGGCCUGACUCUCGCGCAGUCGAACAACCCUUUUCGAAACCCUAGAACCGUGUCCCCUGGAGCGCUAUCGCCCGCACUCCCUUCUCCCGCAAAUGCUCCCGGUGUGAGCCCUCGUCUAUCGCCGACGAAUCCUUUUCUUGCAGCGCACGAGCUUAGCAGUCUCCAACAAACUACGAACAACCCGGCGACCACCAUGCCUCAGUCGACAACGCAACCGCAGCAGACCUCUUCCGUUGAUAAGGAUACGGCGCAGCUUUUUCAUAGGUUGACUCUUGUCGAUACCGGUCCACCAGCUGGUGCCCCGCUCACCAAAGUCAACACCAACAACUCCCUGAAUGGACAACCGCCUAGCAGUCAUAAACCCUCACGAUCGGACGAGAUGGAGCGACGACGCGACCCACGGAUGCGUCCCCGCCCUCGACCUGAUCCCAAAAAGGAGCUUGAUAUUUUUGCCAGUCCUGAAAAGGUGGAGAGGCGUCCGCGCCGUAAUUCAGAGUCUUCUGUUAUAAGUAAGUCGUCUAUGACUGAGGAAGAGCGACGACGACGCGAGCGAAGGCGACGCGAGCAGGCAGAGCGGGGCGGCAGCAAGGACCGAAGUGGCUCGAAGCAUAGAUCGUCCAGACGGAAGCCACGAGGAAUGGAUUUGAUCGAUCGCUUAGAUCAAACCGGUAUAUACGGCGCAGGAUUCUUCCACCACGAUGGUCCAUUCGAUGCAGUGAAUCCGCAUCGUAACCGUAGAAAGGAUGGACGUGCUCCAAUGCAAGCUUUCCCAGCAAACUCUGCCAAUAUGAUGCUUGGUGGAUCAGGACCACUAAAUAAGAAUAUCGAUUUGGAACGCUUCCAUGGCCGAGGCGCAGAAGGCUUUACGGAUUUCGGUAAUGUUGGCUUUGACGAGAGCAAAAAGUCGGCAGUACUUUCGUUUGAUCCGCUUGCUCGUGUCGAUCCAGUCCACGGCGAGGAGUCGUACGGGCUUGGCACAUCAACAUUCUUAGAAGGUGCUCCUGCCUCGCGCAAGGCAAUCGAACGACGAGAAUCCGAGACCCAAGCCGAGAUGCUUCAAGGAGGUGGAUUGCAGCGCAAGAAGUCAUUGGCACAGCGCAUUCGAGGCAUGUCCCGUCGUGAAUACGAUGGAGAGAGGUCGAUGAUUCGUGCUAAUGGUCCUCGAUCGCCAAACUCGCCUGGCACACCAGCUAUUCCUGAGCGCUUGGUUCAGAGUGCGGGUGGUCCAUCGCGAGCUUCUCAAGGCGACAAAAACCCCUUCGACACCAUGUACGAUGACGCCUUCGAUAAAAAGGGCGCUGCAAUCAAGAUGGCAGAGCAGGAGAGGGAUAAUGAAAGGGAGGUGUCAAAGUCCGGUCGCGCCAGAGCACCAAGUUCACCACAGCAAGCUAGCUUAGAGCAAAGGUUGACUGCAGACGGUGCCGGUGACGAGAUGGACAACAAGAAACCCAGCGGUGGUUUCCUCAACCGCGUGAAGAGCUUGAAAAGUGGUCGAGGAGGGCGUGGAGGUCGACACGGCAGAAGCGAGUCUUAAACAUUGAUCCCACAUUUGUGCUUGCGGAACCGUUAAGACAAAAUAGCGGAUACAUUCUUCGAACGAAUGGGAUGCAAUUAUGAAGAACGCAUUUGCGACAUCAAGUCCAACACAUUCGGAUCGCCCGCUGGAAAACAGCAGUGGUGGCAGCAAAUCCCAAGGAGUGGUCGCUGUCAAGUUGCAAAAGCAUUAAAGAUGGAAGAAUUGGCAAGUACACUUUGCACCAGUUACAACAAUGGUGCUUUUCUUUGUUUUCGAUAAGUUUCUUAUUUCUUAUAACGAUUCGCAUGUCCAUGCGAGGAUGAUGAGCACAUCUCAUUUGUACGCGGCGGACUGGCGCUUGUAAGCAGCGAAGUGUGAUGAUCACAGCAAACAAUGCCUCUUGGGAAAGUUGAACAGAGUGUGGUAUCUACGCGUCACGAAGAGGAAGAAGUCAAACGACUUCUGGUUCGCACCCAUUCUUCGCGUAACGACGAGUUAGCACGGGAAAAGGGUACAGAGAAGGCGCCGUUUGCGAUAAUCAAUACAAAGUUGUUCAUGAUGCGUCAUUGCUCAUCGUCUUGAGCCCAAUCUUGAUACACU